GCCGCACUCAGCCAGCAGCGGGUGGUCUUUGCGUUAGUUUCCCGUAUAUUUUGUUGUGGGGCGGGGGUUAGUUCAAACACACGGGCUGGCGGAUGGGCCCCGGGCAUCAGGCGGAAGAGGAGCAGCGAUGGUGGGCCGGCGGGGCAGGGCCAGGGACAUCAGCAGCAAUUCGGCGUCGGGGCUGAGCUCGCUGCCCUUGGCCCGCAAGCUCGCCUACUUUGACGGCGAGUUCGAGCGGCUGCAGCGGGAGCGGCGGCUGCCCGCGUCGCGCUCGGGGCGGCUGCGGGUGCUAGAGCCGCUGCUGCGCUGCGGGGCCUGCCUUUCCCCCGGCCCGAGCGGCGACGGCAGGCUGGCGCUGGCCGCCGGCGUCCUGCUGCUCCUGCUCCUGCCCGGUUGCCUCCUCCUCUGCGGCGGCCCCGCCACCCGUUUCUUGAGCUUCUGCGGCCGGGUUCUGCUCAUCCAGUUGCUGCCUUAUUGGGAUUGGACGCUGUACUCCAACACAGACUGCCUUAUCAGGAAUCCCUAUUACUUUGCGAGAGGCCUUGAGUCCUUGCAGCUCACAGACUGCAUCAAUGUAUGCCAAAAAUACCCAACAGUGGAAUCCCUGCAGAAAGUGGAUCCAAAAGUUGUUCUUCAGAAGUAUCUGCGUCAGAACCUACCCCUUGUAAUAACGGAUGGGGCAGAAGAAUGGGUUGCGCUGAGAGAGUUCACUGUGCCAUUUCUAAUUCGGUUAUUCAGUGAACAUCCAGUGCUGCAAAACACAAUUGUGUGCAGUUACUGGGACUCUCAUGACUCUCUGGAGAAAAGCCCAAGUGCUUUCUUAGGGAAGGUCCAUCAUCAGAGGCUUGCCCAGUGGGCAAUUCAGUGGAAGAAUUGUAACAAAGCAGCAGCAAAGGUGAUCCGUGGAUUUUAUCAGCGACCUUACUUCCUCCCUCCAGUGGUGGAAUUGGCAGAGUCCAACUGGUUGCUAAUGGCAUCACAAGCAGAAAAUGGUGGCACAGAGGACAAAUUUAUAAAGGUGGGAGAUUAUGAUGGGGACUUGCUGAUGUGGAUUGCUCAACUACAAGGGGUUUUUGAGAUUCAGCUCUUACCCAAGGACAUGUGUGCAAGCAAUUGUACCCAUUACACGCUGCAGCUCUCUCCUGGUGAGGCAGUUGCUGUACCACUUCAGAUGUGGGAGGUUCAGUAUCGUCCUUUCAGUUCCACUGCCAUUGGAAUUGCUGCAACAGGAAACUGGCUUCAAGACUCCAGGUGAUGGUGCCGGAAGUGGUUCUGCAAGAGCAUAUCCUGCCUCAGGAAAUUUGGGAUUUGAACAGCGGCCAGUGUAUACUGCUUUGAGUUUGUGCUGCAUCCCUGGAACCUGGUUGGAUCAUGUCACCAUUUUUUCCCCCUGAUUGUUUAGAGGGUUUGAUUUAUCAGUUUUCUAGAGUUACUGAAAGGAUAGCAUUAUAACAUCGUUCAGCUGCUGGAUGGAGAAGGAUGUACAGUCUGAAGGUAUUGCAGUGGGUUGUACAUCUACAAGAAGUAACAUUUAAUAGAAUAUUUACCUUGAAUAUAAAAGGGCUAGAAUGACAGAGGGGAAGUGAUGUUUUGGUUGUAUAGAGCCUUGUCAACCCAUCUUCAAGCACACCACAAAAGGGAAUUUUUCUUUCGGGAGGGGUCACAGCUCAGAUGCACCAGAAUGGCUGAGGCUUCUAAGGUUAAGCUAUGAGAGGUUUCACCAACUUGGCUUAUUCCCAUGAAAAUAGAAGUGGGAGAGGUUAUCCAACUGUUUGAAACAAAUAGGUUUGGAUCAGUAAAUAAGGUAUUUAUGGUGGAGGAAUUUGGAACCAAGAGAGCAUAAUUUUUAAAAUUAGAGCUAGCAAAUUUUCGAGUGAAAUCAGGAAGCACUUUUUGAACAAAGUGUAGGAAAAAUCUGGAAUUUGCUCAAAAGACUAUGGAUGCUAGGAUUACUGAACUAUUCAAAACUUCACCCAAUUAACUUUUUUUCAGUAAGGACAUUAAGGGAUAAAGAAAGGAAAAUGGAUCCAUUUUAAAUGAACAUUGAGGGAUACAGAUCUGAGGAGGCUGGUGGAAUGCUGCUCAUCUCUAGGGUGAUGUGUAUUUUGCCUGGAAGCUAGAAGGGAAGCACCAUAGCUGUUUAUGGGGGAAUGGUGUAGUUCUUGGAGAAAAAGAACAAUCUCAUCAUAUAGAGGUGGGCAAGGGCUGUAAAUCUCUGCAGGAAGAAUGUUGGCUGCAGACUGCUGAAUAGAAUAGGGCCACUGCAGGAAAUAAAGUGAGAUGUAUGCUUCUGUGUCGUGGAAGGGAAAGGGACUUCAAAUGUGCUUCACAAGGGGGAGGGAGUUAUCAGGAAGAGGGGAGCUGUACAUCUCUGCAAGGAGGAGGAGAAAAGGAUUGUAGAUCUCUUCAAGGAAUGUGAGAAAAGAAGGAUAGUUUCAGAUCUUGUAAGAAGGGCCAUCUGUUGAUUUUUAAAAGGUUGAGUGUCAUUAAGCUCUCUGGGUCUUGGUUAAGUCACUAAUUUGCUGGAUGCUUGGGGGUUGAGAAAGAACUGUACUAGAUCUGAUUGAAGUAGUAAAAGUUUGGGAGGUACAAACAAACUAACAUCCUCACUCCUACCUGUCUUUUGGUUGUUCUUGACAAGUAUACAAGUGAUUCAGAGUACAAAGCUUUGAUUAUGGAACUGGGGAAUGUGGCUUCAGCUGUGGGAAGAAAGAUUAAAAUAAGAAUUGAAAAGUGAAAAUCUGAAGUACAAACAAAAAAAAUGCAUUUAUGAAUUGAGCAUUUUGAUUAUCAGAAGAGUAAAGUGAGAGUUUUGUUUAUCAGAAGAGUGAUCCAGGAACAGAACUUCCUUGAACUGAACAUUUUACUAUAUUACUGUAAUAUUAAUAUUUUUGAUCAUGAGCUAAAGACAAGUUUGCUGCUCAGCAUUAACCCCUUUGCUGCGAUAAUAGUUUAGAUCUCAAAGUGCAAACAACCUAACCAGAGGUGUGUAAUGUAGAAGGGAUUCUGAUUUCUACCUAGGAAGCCAUAAAACAUGCCAUGGAUUAACCUAUGAAUGAAAUACAGUGAUAUUUGUUAAGCUGAACUUUGAUAACAUUCCAGUUUUACAGCCAACCGUAAUUUUAUUCAUUCUGUGAUUUUCCUUGAAUGUCAAAAUGAGAAUAUGAAAUAGCUAUUUUGGAAAUGUAAAAACAAAAUGUUUUUUUUAAUAGAAUUUUUGAAUUGUGCUGCAUUCUGUUACUGAGAAUUCCACACUUGAAAUAAACUUGACAGCAGAGCACCCAUAUCUCUGUUUUCUGGGUACUAUCCCUGAGAGAAUUCAUGGUUCACAGACCUCACACCUGACAGCUGAGCAGAUUUGUGGGUGAAAUAUAAGCGUCGUAACUACUAGCUGUUUAUAUAAAGCCACCAAAGUCUUAAGCAAUUAAACUUGAAACUCAUGGAAAGACAACUAAAAGGAAUCUGGGCAUCAUUCUGGAAAGAGCACACAAACAACAUCUAGCCGAACACUGCCUUGCUGCACUCAGCAUGACUGUGUGAGUUCAGACUGCUUGUCAGUGGCAGCAUCUUAGAUGGUGCAACUCAUUAAUCUGAACAGAUUAUUGUGUUAUUUGCAAACAGUGCCUGAGUGUGCCACUGUAGUUUAGCAGUGCAAUUUCACACCCACAGUAAUUAUGUUUACUUUUUUGUUGCAUUUGCAGUGUGUAGGUGUUAAAACAUAAGCUGCUAAAGUUUUUGCCCUA